CUCUUUGCUCCACCGAACAUCAUAAAGACGCUCUCAUCAUUGGCACUAGAGAAACUGACCACUGUAACUCUAUUCUAUUUUCAAGGCUUAUAUCAUUGGGGCCUCAAAAGUGUGACACGAAUGCCUCAAAUCACAUACCUUUCAGUCAAUAUGAACAGCGUCGUAGAUUUAUCGGAGCUCUUGGAAAUAACUCCAAAUGUGGAAUCAUUGCAUUUGUACUUCAGCGAUAUGUAUGAAAGUCAAAUUCAACACACGCAUGUAGAAUUACCCCAAACAUUAAAGGAACUACAAGUAAUCCUUGGACUCUACACGACGUAUUCCUCUAUCACAUUUCCAGCAACAAAAAGUUUUUUUAAUAUACUGAGAGGUGAAUUUGAAUCCUUGAUGCUAACUGUUAUCAAUGGAGACAAAGAUUUUGCUUAUUAUAGCAACGUUUACAGUCUCGUAGAAAACUUCGAUCAUCUGCAAACAUUUCAGUAUUAUAUUGAGACCGUUUACACGCCCGAUUCCCGCUUUUCAAACUUCGAACAGCUACCAGAUGCAACUUACUUAAUCUAUACUUACCCUAAACUGAAUCAAGAUUGUGACAGAGCUCCAUUUAAUCGUAAAUAUUUCCGUUCGGACCUUAAUUCUCAGCUGACCAUGCGAUCGCUUUACAAUAGCUCGGAGCUCUGGAUAGGGAAAAACUUACAUGGAUAUCACCCGACAGCGCCCACAAUGACUUUGCCAAACAAUCCAAGACUAACAAAUUUGAAAAGUAUCGCAUUUUUUGAUUAUGGGAGUGACGAACUGGCACCUGAUGUGUGGCAAUAUGCAGCACAAGUCAUCGCUCUAUCACCUAACUUGUCUGAACUGAAAUUUACUUAUACCAACAAUUUCUUCGAGAAGAUAUAUCGCACCGUACCGUCGAAGCAGUUGAAGCGUAUCACAUAUUUGCUUGUCUGGUUCGAAAAGAAAGAUAGUGAAAACGGUUUCUAUCCUUCAACAUUUCUGCUUGAUGUAUCAAGAAUGAUGCCAAAUCUAAAAGUUCUCGAACUCAAUAUUAGGUUCGCUGCUAUUGCUGUUUUCGUGACAUCAUCAGUUAAGCUCAUUCAAGAUGCACGGAAUUAUUUUAAAAAACUAACCUGUGUGAAAGUGUCAUCGUUCCUAGGGACCGCAGAAGAGAAGGUAGCAAUUGAUCGUUAUAAGAAAUGUCUACUGGAAGUGGGUGAACAGACUAGCACUUGGUUUUAUUGUCCCAUUAAAACUGAGAGCAAAGAAGUGUCGAAGUAUCGAUGCCUGUAUAUUUGGCUCUAG